UAACUCUGUGUGUUUCUUCUCCUGUCCCCAUAAUUAUUAAAACCCUAAUAAAAGAAAAUAUUCUCUCACCAACUAUUCAAAUCAACCCCCCCGAAAAAUUCUAUUUCCGCCUCUCACAGUCUCGCUCUCCUUUUCUUGCUAAAGUACUAAAACCCUAGUAAUGGCCUACCUUUAACACCUCAAUUUCACAGAUUCCUAGAUCCAUUUUUUUCUAUUUGCAAACCCUAAAGAUCAUCAGUUGCUUCCCAUCAAAGGGUUGAAUCUGUUUCAGAAAGAAAGAAAAAAAGGAAGGAAGUAAAGGACGCUAUGAACCUCUCGUCUCUCAGGGUCGACUCUAGCCCUCUUACGGUUCCUAAAGGGAGAUCGUAUGGCAGAAACUUCAGUGAUGAAAGGCCUCUUCUUCAUCUUCCCUAUGAAUCUAGAAUCUCACCAAAAGCUUUAAGCGUCUCUUCUCCUAAGGUUGUGACUGCAGACGAGGUUAGUCGACUCGGUUCGUUGAGCCAAGUUUCAGGUGUGUUGGGUUGUCAAUGGGGUGAUGAAGGGAAGGGGAAGUUGGUUGAUAUCUUGGCCAAGCAUUUUGACAUUGUUGCUCGUUGUCAGGGUGGAGCAAAUGCGGGUCACACCAUCUACAAUGCCGAAGGGAAGAAGUUCGCUCUUCACCUUGUUCCAUCAGGAAUCCUUAACGAAGAAACCCUUUGCCUUAUCGGUAACGGAGUUGUGGUGCAUCUUCCUGGACUUUUUAAAGAAAUCGAUGGUCUUGAGUCUAAUGGGGUCUCUUGUAAAGGAAGGAUAUUGGUGUCUGAUCGUGCUCAUUUGUUGUUUGAUUUCCAUCAAACUGUAGAUGGGCUCAGAGAAGCUGAACUUGCUAAGUCGUUUAUAGGGACAACAAAGAGAGGAAUUGGACCUUGUUACUCUAGCAAGGCUAUUCGAAAUGGCAUAAGAGUAUGCGACCUCAGGCACAUGGAUACUUUCCGUGACAAGCUGGAUGUAUUAUUGUCUGACGCAGCUUCCCGUUUCAAAGGAUUUAACUAUAGCAAGGACAUGCUAAAUGAAGAAGUUGAACAGUACAAGAGGUUUGCCGACAGAUUGGGACCCUUCAUUGCUGAUACUGUUCAUGUUGUGAAUGAUUCCAUAGCACAGAAAAAGAAAAUAUUGGUUGAAGGCGGUCAGGCAACCAUGUUGGAUAUUGAUUUUGGAACAUACCCAUUUGUCACUUCAUCUAGCCCGUCAGCUGGUGGUAUAUGCACCGGACUUGGUAUUGCUCCAAGAGUCUUGGGUGAUCUAGUUGGAGUUGUGAAGGCUUACACUACAAGGGUUGGAUCUGGUCCUUUCCCAACGGAGUUAUUAUGUGAAGCUGGAGAAGACCUUAGGAAAGCUGGGCAUGAAUUCGGUACUACUACUGGUCGGCCUCGAAGAUGUGGUUGGCUCGAUAUUGUAGCACUAAAAUUUUGUUGUCAAAUUAAUGGGUUCUCUUCUCUCAAUCUUACUAAGCUCGAUGUCCUGUCAAGUCUCCAAGAAAUUAAGCUAGGAAUAUCCUACAAAAUCGACGGGAUACCAAUCAAAUCUUUCCCUGCAGACCUUUCUGUGCUGGAGCAAGUACAGGUUGAAUAUGAGGUGUUACCUGGGUGGCAGACUGAUAUUUCUAAAAUUAGAAAUUAUGAGGAACUUCCGCUGGCUGCACGAAGAUAUGUGGAAAGAAUAGAGGAGCUAGCAGGUGUUCCUAUUCACUACAUUGGUGUAGGACCUCAAAGAGAUGCCCUAAUUUACAAGUAAGAUUAAAAUGUCAGAGUGAAUUAAGUGACUUAAUGUGAUAUCUUUCUCCCAUUUCCCCACAAAAAGUGGUAUGCCCUUUUGUUUCGUAAGGAAUUGUCGUGAUCAUUUAAGUUCAACCAUUUUGUGUUAUGGAUAUAUAAUUGCAGUCCAGGUUCUAUUUAUGGAAGCUCACGGUUCUAUAUAAUUGAGAACACAAUUUAACUCCCCAA